AUGACGCCGAGAGUGUGCGACAGCAGCAGCAGCAGCAGCGGCAGCAGCCCAGUGUCGAGGAGUGCGAGGGACCGGAUCUUUAGCAUCUUCGACACAGCCCGGAGCCGGAAAGCGACCAUGGAAUCUUCUGCUGCUGCGCACAACAAACCUGGGACGACGACGAUGGCUCCCGGAACUGGGAACGGAACGGGAACGGGAACGGGGACGGAUAGGCACCGCGCGGAGACAGCGGAGAGCACUGCGGGUGAGGAGACGGGGAUCUUGUGGAGGGGUGGUGGUGGUGGGCAGAAGACGAGUGUGGAUUAUCAGGGCACGACGCAGACGGCGCGGACGGGGUUGCGGGAGCAGAGCAGCAGUAGGGCGAGUUCGACGCGGGAGAGAUGCGCGCGGGCAAACGGGAAUGGGGAUGGGGUUGAAGAAGAGGGGGAGGAGGAGGAGGAGGAGAGGGAGUCUUGGUGGGCGAGGACGAUGUCGAAGUACGGGUCUAUCGAGCUGGAGAAUAAGGGGAGCGUGGCUCGAGACCAUCUGGCUCUAGAGCGGACCUUUCUUGCCUGGCUUCGGACUUCCCUGGCUUUUGCUUCCAUUGGCAUAGCUAUCACGCAGAUCUUCCGCCUGAGUACCACGUCUGCGCCCAGCGGAGACAGCGACCCGUUUCGACAUCUGCGGCAGACAGGCAAGCCGCUUGGGGCGACCUUUCUGGCUAUCAGUAUCUUGAUGCUGUUCGUGGGCUUCCACCGCUACUAUGAGUCGCAGCAUUGGAUCAUGCAGGGGAAGUUCCCGGCGAGUCGAGGGAGCAUCGCACUGGUUGCAUUUAUUUCGUUUGCGUUGAUGUCCACAAGUUUGAUCGUGGUGGUAGUGGUGGAUCCGAGGGCUUUUGAGAAGUGA